AAUAGUCUCUAUGAGUACAUACUUCCAAUGUUAACGAUUUCAACAACUACACUAAUUUUUGAAUGACAAUAGUUUGCGCAUAAAGCUACGCUUCCGUUUCAAGUUUUAUAAAUACUUGAUGAAGCUUUUUCAAUUAUACAUCAGUUACUCACAUCAAUAGCAAAAGAACUGUUACGAUGACUAAACAAAUGCUAGCAGUAGCGUGUUUUUUGGCUGUUCUCUCUUUGAUAAGCACUCAAACAACAGAAAACCUUUCAAAUGCAGCAAACGAUGCCCUACCAACCGAGAGUACUGUACCAACGACGGUUUACCUGGCAGAUCUAGUUUCAAAAAGUGGUCAAGCUUCUUGCAACUCCUUACUUUGUCGUUUACCAACGUGCAGGUGCGCUGGAACGGAUAUUCCAGGUGGUUUAUUUAAAAAUAACACGCCCCAAGUUAUCUUGUUAACUUUUGGUGACAGCGUUACAUCGCAAAACGUUCAGCUUCACAAAGAUUUGCUUGACGGAGUUACCAAUUUCAAUGGAUGUCCAAUUAAAGCCACUUUUUUUGUUUCUGGAGAUAACGCAAAUUACACCUUAGUAAAGACGCUCUACGAAAACGGACAUGAACUAGCCGAUCACUCAGUAUCUCAAAGGGUUCCUCCAGAGUGGUGGAGCGCAAAUGCAUCUGUUACAGAACUCGAGUCGGAGAUUGUUGGCCAACAGAAAACUAUCCAGUCAGAGGUUGGUGUGAUUACAAAAGGUUGGCGAAACCCAUAUCUCGAAAGCACGGAAACAACGUUUAGAAUUUUAGCAGAUAACGGCUUUUUGUACGACAGCUCGUUGGUUACGUUUCCAGGAGUAAGAUGGUGGCCAUAUACUUUUGACUACUUGCCCUCUUUAAGUUGUUAUUUGAAAAACUGCCCAACAAAUUUCUACCCAGGUUUGUGGGAGGUUCCGAUUGUGACUUGGCAAUGUGACACGUCAGGGACAAAAUUUGGCUCAACAAUGAGUGAUUGCGUUAACUUUGAAGAUGAAGAAAGCGUCUAUCAAAUGAUCAUGACUAACUUUAAGCUUCACUAUGAUGACAACAAGCAACCGUUUUCCAUGUUUACAGAUUCAAUAUGGUUUGAUAGCAAACCUUCAAGAAAAAGCGCUGUAACACGAUUUAUAAAUGAUGUACGAAAGCUAAACGACGUAUUUAUUGUCACUAUUCAAGACCUUCUGCUUUGGAUGCAGUCACCAAUCGGUCUCGACAGUUUUCCGUUUUCGUGUAACCGAUAACAAAUUUUGGAUGUGUGAUAAAUGUUUUGACUGAAUGUCUAGCUAAAUUUGACUCUACACACUCGCGGAAAGUGUGCAGUUUUCCUCCACGACGGUGUGUAGCUAUCACUCCUAGACACAAGUGUUGAGUUAUUUUUCACACUUUUGUGGAAAUUAACUUUUUCUAACUCGACUUCUGCACAGAAGUGUGGAGUUAGUUGCACAAAAUUGUGCAAAACAACUCCACACUUGUGUUUAGGAGUGAUAGCUAGACACCGGUGUGGAGGAAAACUCCACACUUUCCGCGAGUGUGUAGCAUUUUAAAUGCUUGCACUGCAGUAAAAGUUAAUGACCUUUUAUUCAACAAGUGUUACGCAGUGACACUUUGAAAUAUAACUUGUUUGUUAAUUGUUUAGCUUUAGCGAUAUACGUUUUGUUAACGACUUUUUUUGCUUAAAAUCAUUGUACACGUUUUUUUGCGAAAUAUUUUCGAUUUCAUGUUUUA